CCCGCGGAACUCAGACACCCAUGAUCCGAAAUGGGGCGAUGGCCCCGCGCACGCUGCUCCUGCUGCUGGCGGCCGCCCUGGCCCCGACCCGGACCCGCGCGGGCUCGCACUCGCUGCGGUAUUUCGACACCAUCGCGUCCCAGCUGGGCUGCGGGGAGCCCCGGUACAUCACUGUGGGCUACGUAGACAACACGCAGUUCGUGCGCUUCGACAGCGACGCGGAGACUCCGAGGAUGGAGCCGCGGGCGCCGUGGGUGGAGCAGGAGGGGCCGGAGUACUGGGAGAGGGAGACACGGAAUGCCAAGAACAACGAGCAGAAUUUCCGAAUGAACCUGAGGACCCUGCCCGGCUACUACAACCAGAGCGAGGGCGGCUCUCACACCUUUCAGCGGAUGCAUGGCUGUGAGAUGGGGUCGGGCGGGCGCCUCCUCCGCGGGUAUGUUCAGUUCGCCUACGACGGCCGCGAUUACAUCGCCCUGAACGCCGACCUGACGACGUGGACGGCGGCGGACACGGCGGCGCAGAUCACCCGGCGCAAGUGGGAGCAGGCUGGUGUUGCAGAGGGAGACAGGGCCUACCUGGAGGGCGAGUGCGUGGAGUGGCUGCGCAGAUACCUGGAGAUCGGGAAGGACACGCUGCAGCGCACAGAUCCCCCAAAGGCACAUGUGACCCAUCACCCCAUACUGAAAGGAGAUGGCACCCUGAGGUGCUGGGCCCUGGGCUUCUACCCUGCUGAGAUCUCUGUGACCUGGCAGAGGGAUGGGGAGGAUCUGAUUCAGGACAUGGAGCUGGUGGAGACCAGACCUUCUGGGGAUGGAACCUUCCAGAAGUGGGCAGCUGUGGUGGUGCCUUCCGGGGAGGAGCAGAAAUACACAUGCCAUGUGGACCAUGAGGGGCUGACACAACCCCUCACCCUGAGAUGGGAGCCUCCUGAGUCCACUGUCCCCAUCGUGGCAAUCAUUGCUGUCCUGGGUCUCCUUGGAGCUGCGGCCAUCAUUGGAGCUGUGGUGGCUGUUGUGAGGAGGAGGAGGAGAAUCACAGGUGGAAAAGGAGGGAUCUAUACUCCAGCUACAGGCAGGGACAGUGCCCAGAGCUCUGAUGUGUCUCUCCAAGACUGUAAAGGUGACACUCUGGGUUUUGAAUUGGGGAGGACCCAAGUGGACAUGAUUGGGGUUCAGGGACUCCCAGAAUCCCCUCUGAGUGAGUGGUGGGUUGUUGGGAUGUUGUCUUCACAGUGAUUGUUCAUGACUCUUGUUUGUAGCGUGAAGACAGCCGCCCGGCCUGACAGAGUGACAGAGAUGUGCUCAGGUCUCUCCUGUGACAUCCAGAGCCCCUCAGUUUACUCUUAGCAACAAGUCUGAUGUUCCCUGUGACCCUGUGGGCUCAAUGUGAAGACCUGGGAGCCCAGCCACCCUGCACACUAGCACCCUGUCCCUGCACUGUUAUAUUCCCUUCCACAGCCAACCUUCCUGGUCCAGCAGACAGGAGGGGACAUCUGCAUCCUGUCACCUCCAUGCUGCCCUGAGCUGCAGCCCCUGACUCCGCACUGAAAAUAAGAAUCUGAAUGUCAACUUGAUUGUCCACGUCCUUGAUCUGACAGGUGGAUUGGUGGGUAAAUUAAAGGAUUGAAAUACUUAGAGUUUGUGGAGGAAAUAAAUGGCAUGGAGAACCUUCCAGAA